AGUUUGACCGAUAAUAACCCCGCUGUUCAGAGCAGCCGAAUCUAUAAAAGGAACUAGUCCAGGCUAAAAACCCUUAAUUCUGGGAGUGAGGGACUGAGGACCGUAUGCUAGGCGCAGCAGGAGGAGCCCGUUGGUCGCACACAGGAAAGCCAAGGCAGGGACUGGCAAAGGCAAGGGAGGGGGCGCCAAAGGGGUAUCGGGGGCGAGAGCCCAUUUCUUGGCUCUCGUUUUUUUUUUUUUUUAAUUUUUGUUUUGAUUUGUUUUCCACAAGUAUUUCCAAAGGCAUAGGGGAGAGAGAGUCGCAGAAACAAAAGUGGAAAGCAGUUAAUGACCAGCCACAGAGUCCCUGCCCAGUGCUGCCUCUGCUCCCUCCACUAUCUGCUUGGCUGAGGGGAGCUGUGGGUGUGUGCUGAGGUAAGAUGGCCUUUUGGUCUCAGCUGGGACUGCUGCUUUGGAAGAACUUUACUUUCCGAAGAAGGCAAACAUGUCAGCUAUUGCUUGAAGUGGCCUGGCCUCUAUUUAUCUUCUUCAUAUUGAUUUCUGUACGACUCAGUUAUCCACCUUACGAACAACAUGAAUGCCACUUUCCAAACAAAGCUAUGCCGUCUGCAGGAACCCUUUCUUGGGUCCAGGGGAUUAUCUGCAAUGCUAACAACCCCUGUUUCCGCUAUCCAACCCCUGGUGAAUCUCCUGGUGUUGUUGGGAACUUCGACAAAUCCAUCCUUUCACGACUCUUCUCAGAUGCUCGGAGACUCCUGUUAUAUAGCCAGAAAGACACUAGUAUGAAGGACACACAGAAGCUUUUGGGAACUUUGCAGAGUCUGGGGACUUUCAACUCAAGCAUGAAGCUUCAGGAUUUCCUGGUGGACAAUGAAACCUUCUCUGGAUUUUUGCAGCACAAUCUCACCAUGUCCUAUCCAGCUGUGGAGGAGGUUCUGGACACUGAUAUCAAUCUCCAGCAGGCUUUUUUAUAUGGCUAUAAGUGGAAGUUGAAAGACCUAUGCAAAGAAUCAAACUUAACGGGAUGGAUUAAACCACGCAGCCAGAAAACACGGGAGCUUUGUGACCUGCCAAAAGAAAAACUAGAUGCAGCAGAAAAAGUAUUCUACUCCAAUGUGGACCUUCUGAAACCUCUUCUGAAAGAAAUAAACUCCCCUUCUAUCCUGCCAAACCAGGAGCUGGUUGAAACAAUGAAAACUAUGCUAGAGAGUCUUGGAAAGCUGGCUAAAGAGUUAUCCAGCAUGAAAAGCUGGAGUGACAUGAGACAGGAGGUGAUGUUUCUGACCAAUGUGAACAGUAGCAGUUCCUCCACCCAGAUCUACCAGGCGGUGUCUCGAAUUGUGUGUGGCCACCCUGAAGGUGGAGGACUGAAAAUCAAAUCCCUUAACUGGUAUGAGGAUAACAACUACAAGGCCCUCUUUGGAGGAAAUAACACUGAAGAGGAGGCAGCGAACUUCUACGAUAAUUCCACAACUCCUUAUUGCAAUGAUUUGAUGAAGAAUUUGGAAUCUAGUCCUCUUUCCCGUAUUAUCUGGAAGGCUCUAAAGCCUCUGCUUGUUGGAAAGAUAUUAUAUACUCCUGACACUCCGGCCACGAGAACAGUUAUGUCUGAGGUGAAUAAAACCUUUCAGAACCUGGGUGUAUUCCAUGACCUGAAAGGGAUGUGGGAAGAGAUCAGCCCCAAAAUCUGGACAUUCAUGGAAAACAGCCAGGAAAUGGAUCUCAUCCGGACUCUGUUGGAUAGUAAAAUCAACAGCAAUCUUUGGGGACAGCACUUGAAUGGCUUAAACUGGACAACUUCGGACAUUGCAGCCUUUUUAGCUAAGUACCCAGCAGAUGUCCAGACAGCCGGUGGUCCAGUGUAUACCUGGAGAGAGGCUUUUAAUGAGACAAAUUGGGCAAUCCAGACAAUAGCUCGAUUCAUGGAGUGUGUCAACCUGGACAAACUUGAGCCAAUACCUACAGAAGUUCGACUGAUUAACAAGUCCAUGGAGUUACUGGAUGAAAGAAAGUUCUGGGCUGGCAUAGUGUUCACUGGCAUUGCUCCUGAUAGUAUUGAACUACCUCACCAUGUCAAAUACAAGAUCCGGAUGGAUAUUGACAAUGUAGAAAGGACAAACAAGAUCAAGGAUGCGUACUGGGACCCUGGUCCUCGUGCUGAUCCCUUUGAAGACCUGCGCUAUGUCUGGGGAGGCUUUGCGUACUUGCAGGAUGUGGUGGAGCAGGCCAUUAUCCGAACACUGACAGGCUCUGAAGAGAACACUGGCAUCUAUGUACAGCAGAUGCCUUAUCCUUGUUAUGUAGAUGAUAUAUUUCUACGGGUGAUGAGCCGCUCAAUGCCUCUCUUCAUGACCCUGGCUUGGAUCUACUCUGUGGCCGUGAUCAUUAAGGGGAUUGUAUAUGAGAAAGAAGCCCGACUGAAGGAAACCAUGAGAAUUAUGGGCUUGGACAAUGGCAUCCUCUGGUUCAGCUGGUUCAUUAGCAGCCUCAUCCCGCUCCUUGUGAGCGCAGGGCUGCUGGUAUUAAUCCUGAAGCUAGGAAACCUGCUGCCCUACAGUGACCCCAGCGUGGUGUUCCUGUUCCUCUCUGUCUUCGCUGUGGUGACCAUCUUGCAGUGCUUCCUGAUCAGCACACUCUUCUCUAGAGCCAACUUGGCUGCCGCCUGCGGUGGGAUCAUCUACUUCACACUCUACCUGCCCUAUGUCCUUUGUGUUGCUUGGCAGGACUAUGUGGGCUUCUCUCUGAAGCUUUUUGCUAGUCUUCUGUCUCCUGUAGCUUUUGGGUUUGGUUGUGAGUACUUUGCCCUCUUUGAGGAGCAAGGCAUUGGAGUGCAGUGGGACAACCUUUUCGAGAGCCCUCUAGAGGAAGAUGGCUUCAGCCUCACCACCUCAGUCUCCAUGAUGCUAUUUGAUACCUUCCUAUAUGGUGUGAUGACCUGGUAUAUUGAGUCUGUCUUUCCAGGUCAAUAUGGAAUUCCCAGACCCUGGUAUUUCCCUUUCACCAAGUCUUACUGGUUUGGUGAGAAAAGUGAUGAAAAGAGUCAUCUUGGUUCCAGGCAAAAAGGGACUUCGGAAAUCUGCAUGGAAGAAGAGCCCAGCCACUUGCGUCUGGGGGUUUCCAUUCAGAAUCUGGUAAAGGUAUAUCGAGAUGGCAUGAAGGUGGCAGUGGAUGGCCUUGCACUGAAUUUCUAUGAAGGGCAGAUCACGUCUUUUCUGGGACAUAACGGAGCUGGGAAAACCACCACCAUGUCCAUCUUGACGGGCUUGUUUCCUCCGACCUCGGGCACUGCCUACAUCCUUGGGAAAGAUAUUCGUUCAGAGCUGAGCACUAUCAGGCAGAACUUGGGGGUCUGUCCUCAGCAUAAUGUACUUUUUGACAUGUUAACAGUAGAGGAGCACAUCUGGUUUUAUGCCCGUCUAAAAGGGCUGUCAGAAAAGAGUGUGAAGGAGGAGAUGGAGCAGAUGGUGCUGGAUGUUGGUUUGCCACACAAACUGAAAACUAAGACGAAUCAGUUGUCUGGCGGAAUGCAGAGAAAGCUGUCUGUGGCCUUGGCCUUUGUUGGCGGAUCAAAAGUGGUCAUUUUAGAUGAGCCGACAGCUGGGGUUGACCCUUACUCUCGCAGAGGGAUAUGGGAGCUGCUCCUGAAAUAUCGGCAAGGUCGCACCAUCAUCCUUUCCACUCACCACAUGGAUGAGGCAGAUAUACUGGGAGACAGGAUUGCCAUAAUUUCUCAUGGGAAGUUGUGCUGUGUUGGCUCCUCUCUGUUUCUGAAGAAUCAGCUGGGAACAGGCUACUAUCUGACCCUGGUCAAGAAGGAUGUGGAUUCCUCUCUCAGUUCCUGUAGAAACAGCAGCAGCACGGUGUCUUACCUGAAAAAGGAGGACAGCGUUUCUCAGAGCAGCUCUGAUGCAGGCCUGGGCAGCGACCAUGAAAGUGACACCCUGACAAUAGAUGUUUCUGCUAUCUCUAACCUCAUUACGAAGCAUGUCUCAGAGGCUCGGUUGGUGGAGGACAUUGGGCAUGAAUUAACCUAUGUGCUGCCCUAUGAAGCUGCCAAGGAAGGAGCAUUUGUAGAACUUUUCCAUGAAAUUGAUGACCGACUCUCUGACCUGGGCAUUUCGAGUUAUGGCAUCUCAGAGACCACGCUGGAGGAGAUAUUCCUUAAAGUGGCUGAAGACAGUGGAGUAGAUGCAGAGACCUCAGAUGGAACCUUACCUGCCAGAAGGAACAGACGUGCCUUUGGGGACCGCCAGAGUUGUCUGCGUCCAUUUACUGAAGACGAUGCUUUUGAUCCCAAUGACUCAGAUGUGGACCCAGAAUCCCGUGAGACAGACCUACUCAGUGGCAUGGACGGCAAAGGCUCCUACCAGGUGAAGGGUUGGAAACUCACCCAACAGCAGUUCGUAGCCCUCUUGUGGAAGCGGUGGCUGAUUGCCCGGCGUAGCAGGAAGGGAUUUUUUGCUCAGAUCGUUCUGCCAGCAGUAUUUGUCUGCAUUGCCCUUGUGUUCAGUCUGAUUGUUCCUCCUUUUGGCAAGUACCCCAGUCUGGAACUGCAGCCGUGGAUGUACAAUGAACAAUAUACAUUUGUUAGCAACGAUGCUCCAGAAGAUGCAGGCACUCAAAAACUCUUAGAUGCUCUGACCAAGAGCCCUGGUUUUGGUACCCGCUGUAUGGAAGGACAGUCAAUUCCGGAUAUGCCCUGUGAGGUAGGUGAGGAUAAAUGGACUACUGCUUCUGUCCCUGAGUCUGUGAUGGACAUCUUCCGGAAAGGGAACUGGACAAUGCAGAGCCCUUCACCUGCCUGUCAAUGCAGCAGUGACAAGAUAAAGAAAAUGCUUCCUGUGUGCCCCGCUGGCGCAGGUGGAUUGCCUCCUCCCCAAAGAAAGCAAAACACAUCUGACAUCCUUCAGAACUUGACUGGAAGAAACAUAUCAGACUAUCUGGUGAAGACCUAUGUCCAAAUCAUAGCGAAAAGCUUAAAGAAUAAGAUCUGGGUAAAUGAGUUUAGGUAUGGUGGCUUUUCAUUGGGUACCAGUAAUGUGCAGGGAUUACCUCCAAGUAAUGAAAUUAAUGUUGCCAUCAACCAAGUGAAGAAACUUUUUCAGCUGACCAAGGACAGUUCUGCAGAUCGAUUUCUCAACAGCUUAGGAAACUUCAUGACAGGACUGGACACCAAAAAUAAUGUCAAGGUGUGGUUCAAUAACAAGGGUUGGCAUGCCAUUGGCUCCUUCCUGAAUGUCAUCAACAAUGCCAUCCUCAGAGCCAACUUGCCCAAGGGAGAGAAUCCCAGCAGCUAUGGCAUUACUGCUUUUAAUCAUCCUCUGAAUCUGACUAAGCAGCAACUCUCCGAAGUGGCUUUGAUGACUACCUCAGUAGAUGUCCUUGUUUCCAUCUGCGUGAUCUUUGCAAUGUCCUUCGUCCCAGCCAGCUUUGUCGUGUUCUUGAUCCAGGAGCGUGUCAGCAAAGCUAAACAUCUGCAGUUCAUCAGUGGUGUAAAACCUGUCAUCUACUGGCUUUCUAACUUUGUCUGGGAUAUGUGCAACUAUGUGGUACCUGCCACCUUGGUCAUCAUCAUCUUCAUCUGCUUCCAGCAAAAGUCCUAUGUGUCCUCCACCAACCUGCCUGUCCUGGCUCUCCUUCUCUUACUUUAUGGGUGGUCAAUAACCCCUCUCAUGUAUCCAGCCUCCUUUGUGUUCAAGAUCCCCAGCACAGCUUACGUGGUCCUUACCAGUGUGAACCUCUUCAUUGGAAUUAAUGGAAGUGUGGCCACUUUUGUAUUAGAACUCUUCACUAACAAUAAGCUGAACAAUAUUAAUGAUAUCUUGAAGUCUGUGUUCCUGAUAUUCCCUCAUUUCUGUCUGGGCCGGGGACUAAUUGACAUGGUGAAAAACCAGGCAAUGGCUGAUGCACUAGAAAGGUUUGGAGAAAACCGCUUUGUCUCUCCGCUCUCCUGGGACUUGGUUGGCAGGAAUCUCUUUGCCAUGGCCGUGGAAGGAGUGGUCUUCUUCCUUAUCACAGUACUGAUCCAGUACAGAUUCUUCAUCAAGCCCAGACCUGUAACUGCAAAACUUCCUCCUGUAAAUGAUGAGGAUGAGGAUGUAAGGAGAGAAAGGCAGAGGAUAUUGGAUGGUGGUGGACAGAAUGAUAUUCUAGAAAUCAAAGAACUAACCAAGGUCUAUAGAAGCAAGAGGAAACCUGCAGUUGACAGGAUCUGUGUUGGCAUCCCUCCUGGAGAGUGCUUUGGGCUUCUGGGAGUGAAUGGGGCUGGAAAAUCAUCGACUUUUAAAAUGUUAACUGGAGACACCAGUGUGACAAAAGGAGAUGCGUUUCUCAAUAAAAACAGUAUCUUGUCAGACAUCCAAGAAGCACAUCAGAACAUGGGCUAUUGCCCCCAGUUUGAUGCUAUCACUGAACUGUUGACAGGAAGAGAACACGUGGAAUUCUUUGCACUCUUGAGAGGUGUCCCUGAGAAAGAAGUUGGCAAGGUUGGCGAUUGGGCUAUUCGAAAACUAGGCCUUGUGAAAUAUGGAGAAAAAUAUGCUGGGAAUUACAGUGGUGGCAACAAACGAAAACUUUCAACUGCUAUUGCUUUGAUUGGGGGGCCUCCAGUGGUGUUUUUGGAUGAACCAACCACUGGUAUGGAUCCAAAGGCCCGUCGCUUCUUAUGGAAUUGCGCCCUAAGUGUAAUCAAGGAGGGAAGGUCUGUGGUGCUUACCUCCCACAGCAUGGAAGAAUGUGAAGCCCUCUGUACCAGAAUGGCCAUCAUGGUCAAUGGGAGGUUCAGAUGUCUUGGCAGUGUCCAGCACUUAAAGAACAGGUUUGGAGAUGGUUACACGAUAGUUGUACGAAUAGCAGGCUCGAAUCCUGACCUGAAGCCUGUUCAGGAAUUCUUUGGGGUAGCCUUUCCAGGAAGUGUCCUCAAAGAGAAACAUCGGAACAUGCUUCAGUACCAGCUUCCAUCUUCACUGUCUUCCCUGGCAAGGAUAUUCAGUAUCCUUUCCCAGAACAAAAAGAGACUCCACAUAGAAGAUUAUUCCGUUUCUCAGACAACACUUGACCAAGUAUUUGUAAACUUUGCAAAGGACCAAAGUGACGAUGACCACUUAAAGGACCUAUCAUUGCACAAAAACCAAACUGUUGUAGAUGUUUCAAUUCUCAAAUCUUUUCUGCAAGAUGAGAAAGUGAGAGAAAGCUAUGUCUAAGUUACCCUCUCCUUCCUGAGAGAGACUGAGAGACAGGAGGAACCAGAAGCCUUCCUUUUGUAGGAAGUGAAACGUUCCAGGGGACGGGGCCAGAGGAUUUCAUGGGAAAGAAACCAAACUGGACCCUGUGCUGAUACUCUACAAUGCAAUGCAAUUCAAUGCAAUGAAGACAAACAAUUCCAUUACAGGGGCAGUGCCUUUGUAUGUAGUCUUUGCCUUGUCGUAUGGCUCUCAAGUGAAAAGACUUGAAUCUAGUUUAUCAAUUUAGCAUAACUAUGGGAAACUGUAGUAUGGAACCUAUUGGGUUUUAAAUCAUCCCUUUUUGUCCCUUUUAUAUUUUUACUAGGGUUGCAACAAUAAUUCAUUGAGUAAUCAUGGUCAGUGAUUAUUUAUUGAAAUUAUAAGGCAUGCACAUCCUUAGUCAUUCAAUCCUGUCAUGCCAGGAGUAGGGUUUCCUGGUGACACAUCCAUUGCUGGCAAUGAAUGCACCGAACCUGCUAGUGCCAAGACAUGACAAACUGAAGCAGCAUGGCGUAUUAUGUGCGAUUUUUAUGAAGGGAAAGCCUCAAUGACUGCUCUGUAAUUAAGGGACUGCUGAAAAAAAAUCACUUGACAGUCAACAAUACGGGGCCACAAAUUACAUCAUGGAUAGCAAUGAACUGCUUUGAUUGACCCUUUUGUGAGUUACUGCAGGAGUGGCACCAUGCCAAAUUUUGGUGGCUCUGGACAGAUGGGCUUCUUAGUUCCAUUGCCAUGGAGGGUUUCCUGUCCUUCUUUCCCAUGACUCUUUUGGAUGAGCCUAAUUCUAGUAAGGAGUCAAGAACAAGGAGCCAAACUGCAGGUAGAGAAUGAAUGCGCCAGAUUUCUUGACCGCAUAUUGUUAAUGCUAGAGCAUAUUAGUAAAAAGAGACAGCAUGCAAACCUGCUGGGUACUAUGUCCAUCAUUUCUCAGUUGUCCAAUAAAAUGGUACCCUGCAUCUAAAGGUAAUUUUGUUCAACACAAAUGUAGUAUUAUUUCAGGCUUUGUGAAUUUCAACCAGAAUUUGGAAGAAAAAAAUGUCAUUUUAUUUUAACAAAAGGUAUUAUACUUUUAAUGUUUUCCAUGUUAUUUGAAUUUUAAGUACCUUCAGUGAUUUCUAAUUCAACCUUGUAGUGUAUUAUAGUAUGGCUGCAUCACCUCACAAUCUGGGAUGUAUCUGUAGAUAUAUAAGAGGACUAGUGAAAAUAUGGUGUUAAAAAAAACAAACAAACUCUUACAACAAUCUCAGAAUUGGGACAAUUUUCAGGUUGCUUGAAAUUGACUUCAUUUAAGACUAUCACUAAGCAUUUUUGAAAACUUCUUGCUGAAUAGAGGCACUAAGUCUCAGUAGAUUUCAUGUGCCAUAUUAUUUCACAUAAUUGGUUUACAUAUGUUGGUUGGUGGAGAGGCAUGGAAUCAUAACUACAGACUAUCAUCUUGGUGUUUGAGAAACAAUCCAUUGAAGCCAGUCCACUCCUUAACACCCUUCACCAAGGAUCAUCAAGUGAAAGGUCUCAGAGAACAACAGCAUAGAAAUGGUUAACAGGUCUCAAGACUAAACAAAAACUUUUUGUUAUGGAGAAAUUUGCUGACUUUAAAAGCGUACCUUGUUCACCUGCCACUACCGUACACUUAAAAUGAUUGGCUUUGCAGAUGUCAGAAACCACAUUUAUCCCAGAUAAUCUUGUAGCCUAAUUUUUUUCCUAAUCUAUUGCAGUUUCGCUUACAACAUUAAAAAGGACAAAAUGUUGUUUUUUAAGUCUCUUAGCUGGCCUGAAAAUAGAUAUAAAGAGAAUUACCUGCUUAUCAUGGAUGUGUCCAAAAAUUAGAUGAUGUUUAUUACCUUUGUAUUUUGAGUGGGUAAACACUUGGGAGUAAUGUUGAGUCGUGUGGAUAUUUUUGCUUUAAAAUUAUUAGCCUGUCUGGAGACAACGUAAAAAUAGGAGAGAACUACUGUGUAGUUACAGUUGAAGUGCCUUUUUUCAUAUCAAGCACCAUUUUUUUUAGAUUUAAAAAAUAAACCUUUUAGAGAGAUUUAUCAGAGAAUUUCAGGCUAGUCUGUAUUUUUGUUUAAAAUUAAAAUAACUUUUUAUUGUUAAAGGGGUUUAUUAUGGUAUUUUCAUCAUUUGCAUGAUUAUCCCCAAGUUAAUAAAAAAUAUGACUCCUGUGUUAACAUCCUAUCAUCUCCUUAAAACAUGAGUAUAUUUCCAAUAAUCCUUGGUAAGUGAUCACCCCAUCUUUGUUUUGACUCCAUUCUUAUGUAAUGCAUAAAAUAGUUUCUAUUGAUGUAGAUUUUCAAAGUUCAAAAUGAUAGACUUCAAUUGGUUGUCUUCUUUGACUGUAAUCAUGACCUAAUCUUCCAAAUCCAUGAAUAGUACUAUUGCUUUAUUUUCCCAGGCUCCUUUAACCUUAAAAAGAACAUUGAACUAAUAAACCUUUUUCCAGAAAAAUAAUUUUCAGCUUUCAAAACAAAAGUAUUUUCUUUUUCAGGUAGAGUCAGUCUCGAUAAGAGUUAAAAAAGAGAUAUCAUUUUAUCUCUGUGUGCUCUUUCUUUUAUUGUAGAAAAUAAGUUCCCUAUUGCCUUUAUUUAUAAAACUCAGUUGUAGAAGAGAUUUUUAAAAAAUUCCAUGCUUAAAAUUUUAAAACUUAAUUGUGUCAGUCCUGUGUAAACUUAAGCUUGUGGGUUUUAAGCCUUCCCUAAAAUAUGCCUUGAAAGAUGUCUGCUAUUUCUUCCUCUUGACACUUUGGAAUUUUGUCAAUAACUGUGAAUCUGAGAAGGAAUCUCUAGUUAGUUCAAUUGUUGAAAAACAACAAAUCCUGAAACUACUGUGUUUAAGUGUACUGGGAGCUCUGCGGCUCUUGAAUAUUGUACUUCAUGCAUUCGUUAACCAUCAAUCAUUUACUAAGGUGUUUUCUGUCGAUUUCCCCAUAUUAUACAUCAGGUAAAAUUUUCCCAAAGAGCCAUGUGUUGUGUGAUAUUGAACCACUUUGAUAAUGAAAUAUUCAUCUAAAUCCUUGUUACUAGAUGCUCUUUUAAAAAUUGUUGCAUCCCCUUUUAUAGUAUGUUAGUAUUUUACUAAGGAUUAGGUAUAUUUCUCCUCCCUCACACCUCGUGAUAAAGCUCUGUUUUUUUGUGCUUUUUCGAUAUUGUUGGUCCUUCAUUCCAAGCACUUUAUGCUGUCUGUAAUGGGAUCUAUUUUUGCACUGGAAUAUCUGUUAACUGCAAAAAACUAGACAAGGUUUCACGAUAGAUUUCUAAGUUAAAUAAUUUUCAUUAAAAUGAAAAAAAAAAUAAAAAA